GCCAUCUCCUCCAGACCGCGCCGAACCUCAACCUCGUGUCCCGCCCGCUCCCGUCGGGACACUCGCACUCAGCCGACGCGGCGCGCCCCAGUGGCCGAUCGAGAUGCGAUAACCCCUCAGCGCGAACGGUUGUUUCCGAGUUCAUACGAUGGCGGUGCGAUCCGAGUCGCAGCAGGCGAUCUUCUCGUCCUACGCGCCGAGGUUGCGCACCUACAACAACGCCCUGCUGCAGCCCGUCCUGCCGGGCGCUGCUCCUUCGAACCCGCUCGCCCGCACCACCAAGCGCGGCACCACCAUCAUCAACUACGCCGAAGACGGCUACGACGACUACGAUGACGACGAAGAAGACAGCCGCCGCCGGCCCACCGGCCUGCGCAGCCUGCGCCGCGACGACAGCGCCGCCAAGGUCGACCCCAGCGAGAAGGUCGGCAAGGACACGAACGAGCCGGUCGAGAUGCAGGGCAUCUAUCGCGACUGGAUGGGCAAGAUGCGCCCCAACAGAUCGGAUGCCAUGAAUUACGUCCAGGCCUGUCUCCCGCUCACCCUGAUUCCCAUCCGAAUCGACCUCGACAUACCCGCCUUCACUCCCCUGCCGCCCUUGGUCACCCCCGCGCCGGCGGACCCGACCCACCCCCUCUUCAAACCUCAGGAACCGACAGUACCAUAUCGCUUGCGCGAUACCUUUCUGUGGAAUCUCCACGAGAGUCUGAUCACGACCGACCAGUUUGCCACCCAGCUGGUUCAGGAUCUCGACCUGCCCAACCGCGCUUCGGCCAUCGCCGAGAUCAGCAAGCAAAUACGGACCCAGCUGGAGGAAUAUGCCGGUGUCGCCCUCCAUCCGCUGUUCCACUCGCACCCGAGCCGCCCCAACGUCCCCGAGUCCUCCAAGGCGCGCCACGACUCGGCCACUCCCGGCCCGAACACGGCGCCCUCCUUCAGCGCAGCCGACACACCAAUAGGCGGCAGCAACCUCGGAGGCACCCCGUCCAAGACGCCAGCACCAACCACCCCCGCCGUGGUGCAGACGGCCCAGGGCGAGGUAUCAGCGGCAGCCACCCCGAUCCCCGUCGACACAGACGACUUCAGCCCCGACGACACCUACCGGUGCAUCAUCAAUCUCAACAUCAACCUGUCCUCGCAAGUCUACACCGACAAGUUCGAGUGGUCCCUCCUGCACCCGCCGGGGACGGCCGAGAUGUUCGCCAAGCAAACCUGCGCCGACCUCGGCCUGUACGGCGAAUGGGUCCCCGCCAUGACCCACGCGAUCUACGAGGCCGUGCUGAAGCUGAAGAAGGAAGCCUGCGAGUCCGGCGGGCUGGUCGCCGGCUGGGGCGCCUCCGCGGCCGCGCUCGGCGGCGUUGCGGGCGCCGGCGCCGAGUUCCCCAACGACGCGGCCCCCAAGCUGGAGACGCUCAGCAAGGAGGAGAUCGAGAAGCGCGAGGGCGACCGCGAGCGCCAGAUCCGCCGCCUGCGCCGCGAGACCGCCCGCUUCAGCAGCAACACCGGCAUGGCCGGCGGCUUGCCCAUCGGCUUCGCCUUCUCCGGCCUGAUCGAGCAGGAGGAGGAGCGCAUGGGCCGCGGGGAGCGGAGCAAGAAGAAGAAGCGGUUCCGGAGCCUGUCGCCGCUCGGCCGCUCGGGCACGCCCGGCGGGAGGGGCACGCCGGCCGGGGAAGGGUACGGCGGCGGCGGCACGCUGACCGAGGCGGAGAGACUGAAUUGGCGAUGCUCCCACUGCAGGGUCUGGGGCACCAGUGUGUGGGCGGUGCGGGACGGGCCGUACGGUCCAAGGUCCCUCUGCAACAACUGCGGCUUUAUCUACGAGCGCGACCGCAAGCUGCCCCGCUGGACCAAGAUGCUGCACGCCGCCGAUGCCCGGCCGUUCUAGGUGGGUGGGGUGGGCACCAGGGCUGCCGCGCAGCGGCCGCA